UUUCCUCUUGGUCAAAUCAAGCUUUUUGAGGCGAAGGUUGAAGAAGUUGAUAGAUCAUGCGAUUCUGAUGAAGAUUAUGAGACUAGUGGUCGCAGUUUAUUGUCAACACAUUACACUGUUGUUAUCCACCCCAGAGAUCAAGGACCCACUUAUCUUCUUAUAGGAUCCAAGCACGAGAAGGACACGUGGCUUUAUCAUCUGACAGUUGCAGCUGGAAGUACCAGUGUAAAUGUUGGAUCUGAGUUUGAACAACUUAUUUGCAAAUUAUUAAACACAGAAGGCGAUACCACUUCUCAGAUUUGGAGACAUCCUACCCUUUGCCACAGCAAAGAAGGAAUUGCUUCCCCUCUUACAACGCUGCCAUCUGAGGCCUUGCAGACUGAAGCAAUUAAAUUAUUUAAGACCUGCCAGUUGUUCAUAAAUGCUGCAGUGGACGCCCCUGCCAUUGAUUACCAUGUAUCUUUGGCCCAAAGCGCUUUGCAGAUUUGCCUCACGCAUCCGGAACUUCAAAAUGAGAUCUGUUGUCAGCUCAUUAAACAGACUAGACGUCGACAUCCACAAAACCAGGCAGGACCAAUACAGGGCUUGCAGCUCUUGGCUCUCUGCGUUGGACUCUUUCUGCCCCAGCACCCAUUCCUUUGGCUUCUUAAACUUCAUUUAAAGAAGAACGCAGAUUCCAGGACUGAAUUUGGGAAAUAUGCAAUAUAUUGUCAGCGAUGUGUAGAGCGCACCCAGCAGAACGGAGACCGAGAAGCCAGACCUUCCAGGAUGGAAAUCCUUUCCACUCUUCUAAGAAAUCCCUACCACCAUUCGCUGCCCUUUAGUAUUCCAGUUCAUUUCAUGAACGGCAUAUACCAGGUUGUUGGGUUUGAUGCCUCUACCACAGUGGAGGAAUUUCUGAACACCCUGAACCAGGAUACAGGGAUGAGGAAACCAGCUCAGUCAGGGUUUGCACUGUUUUCUGAUGAUCCCUCUGGCAAGGAUAUAGAGCACUGUCUUCAAGGAAACAUCAAGAUCUGUGACAUUAUUUCAAAAUGGGAGCAAGCCUCCAAAGAACAACAUCCUGGGAAAUGUGAGGGCACAAGGACCGUCCGCCUUACUUACAAAAAUAGGCUUUAUUUUUCAGUUCAAGUCCAUGGAGAGACAGACAGAGAGAAGCUGCUGCUCGUAUAUCAGACAAAUGAUCAAAUAGUCAAUGGACUUUUCCCUGUAAACAAAGAACUAGCCAUGGAACUGACAGCUCUUUUAGCUCAGGUAGAGAUCGGAGAUUUUGAACGGCCUUUCUCAACUCCUGCAGGGCAAGUCACUUGCCAGUCCAAGUCCAAUCAAACAUUAAAACAAGUUUUGGAGAGAUUCUACCCUCUGAGAUACAGGCACGGUUGUUCAGAGGAACAAUUAAGACAGCUUUGUCAGAGAUUGUCUACAAGAUGGAUGGCUCUCCGGGGGCACAGUGCUGCAGACUGCGUGCGCAUUUAUCUCACUGUAGCCAGAAAAUGGUCUUUCUUCGGUGCUAAAUUGUUUGCAGCAAAACCUCUAGCGACCUCCUCCGUUGAGAAGGCCUUCAUCUGGUUUGCUGUACAUGAAGAUGGCAUAAGCAUCCUAGAUUACAGCUCUAUGCGAUUAACAGUUACAUACACAUAUAAGAGUCUGAUGACUUUUGGAGGCUAUCAAGACGAUUUUAUGUUGGUUGUCAGCAACGCUCAGACAAAGGACAAAGCAACUGAAAAACACCUUUUUGCCAUGACAAAACCAAAGAUUCUUGAGAUCACUCUACUGAUUGCCAGCUACAUUAACAACUUUCAUCAGCUGAAAGGAGCUGCUCAUCACCUCUCUGCUCCUGCGUUACUGACACCUCAAAGUGGACAGAAACUCAAGGAAAUGGGGAGUCAGCCACUGCUGGCAAACAACAGACCAACUAAAUGUCCCACUUUGUUAUGAAGGGGCUACGUACCAUGAUGGUGUAUCUUCGUUGCAGCGUUUCUAAGCUGAUCGAAAACUUCUGGAUGUACAAGAUGUAGAGCGUAAGCAGGUCCCCAAACAAAAGAAUGGAGGACAGGUUUCAAUUAAUUUCAGUGGUACAUAA